GGCUGUUGUGUAAUACUGUAAAGUAGAAAAUAAAUUAAAUUAUACUAACGUUCUGUUUGAUUCUCCAAACAUUAACUCAAAAUGUACGUCUUAUCAAACCUUGUUCGUGUUACUAUUCCUAACUACUUAGCCGGUCUACCAAUUCCCGACACAUUCGGCGGUUGGUUCAAGCUCGGAGUAAAGGACUGGCUGGCCCUCAUCCCUCCAACAGUAGUAAUUGGAGGCAUCUCAUACUAUACAUACCAGACAGUGAAGAAAGCUACAGAGGAUACUGGAAUAGUUAACCCUAGCGUCAAGAAGCACAUCCCUAAAGUUGUGGACUUCAUUGAUAUUGAAGAUAUUACCGAGAAAUCUUCUCUUUGUAGAUGUUGGAGAAGCAAAAAUUGGCCGUACUGCGAUGGUUCGCACGGCAAGCACAACAAGGACACGGGUGACAACGUAGGCCCUGUCGUCGUUAAACAUAAAGAAAACAAGUAAUCAAACUCCUAUUGCCUUUCCCGUUAUCGAUUUGUUAAAGUACAUAAACUUGUUACAGUACACAAAUUUCUAAGUAGUUUGUUAAUAUAAAAGUUUGAUAAGUUCGAUUUUAAUCUUGCGGAGUUAUUAAGAGUUUUUAACUGAAAAUGAAUUGCCAUGUCAAUUGGCAUCAUUAUUUCAAGGUCAAUAACGUAACUUGACAUUCUUUACAAUAGUUUGUUCCGUUGAAAUAAAAAAAUAUUUAUUUAUGCAUAAUUAUCAGACAUAAUAGACAGUGUAUUGACUGGAACUUCUAGAAAGAAAAAAAAAUGCUGAAAAAGGUUGAAUUAUGAUGACAACGUUCAUAUUAGACACUGGACACAUAUCGAAACGUUUAAUCGAACUCAAAAGACGAUUGAAGUAAUUCUUUUUUCAAAUCAAACGUUCAGCAGGGCUAAAAAGGCCGCAUUGGCAGAGCCAUAACAUGAUUAAUUGACAAUUCAUAUUAUGAGUUUCUUACAAUUCAUAUAACGCAAUUCAUCUACUUGAUAGUGUCGUAUGGACAUUGUUAUCGCAAUUCAACAUUUCCUUAGGGUUUUUUUUUGCGUUUGCUUAGAAUUAUAUAAUUAAUUACAAAAGUUUUCUUCUAAGUUCUCUGCCGUUAUAAAGUAAUUGUGACAAUACGCAACAACAAUUCCGGGAUUUCAGAAGGAGAUAUUAUGCACUCUAAUUAUUACUUUCUUGAAAUGCAGGUAAACAGAAAUUGCCUACUUAAUCUCUGGUAAUUACAUAAGAUGUACUCAGAAUAGGUAAAGUGAACUUGAAAGUCUCUCAUUGUCUAGGAAAAUCGAGAUCAGGCAAAUAUAUAUAAGAAUAUAUAUAAUAAUAAGAAUCUUUUUAAACAUAGCCUUAAAUUGAUGUAGGAUUUUCUGUAUUCAAACUCUGUAGUUAUGGGUAAACUGUUAUUCUUCUAAAAACUCAAAAAUAAUGUAUCAACGCUGCCCGCCACCGUUCUUUAUGACAUCUCCUUCACUCUCGUCAUUCACUCUUCUCCUACAGUUACAUUCUUAAUUACUUAGUUAUGGCUGCGUUCAGUGUACAUUUUUCUAUAGUGAUAAGAAUUUGAUUAAACUUGUUACAGUUAAUACAAAGAUCAGACACAAAGAAAUUCCUUCCAUCUCACAAGACCCGGAAGACCUUAAGAAUUUCUCUGCGUUUGUAACAGAUCUUUUGUAUUAGAUUUUUUUCGACUUUUAUCUUAUUUUACCUGUAUUUUUUAGUAAACAUUUUGUAUAUAGUUAUUGUGGGAGAAGUUCUAGACGAUCAGGGCCUUUUUAGUUUGCUGUACACAUUACCUCUGAAAGUAAAUAAAGUAAAGUUGUUUAGUAAAUAAUAAGUAUAAUUUUUGAAUAUCACUUUUUUACAUUUUGGUCGCUACUAUACUUUUUAGAGUUGAAUGAAGGUUUUUUUUUGUAUAUUUAACGGGUUCCUUGUCAUAAUAAACAUACAUACAAAGAUUGUUUUGGAAUUAACAAAACGUGUGGUGUGUGUGAAAAUUAGUUACCUUGCAGUAAUAAAAAGUAAAAAGUGAGAAAUUUGUGAUCGAUCUAAGUUUAAUCUAAUUGUUUUAAAUAUGUAUUCGUCAUCUAUAUACAGGCAAUAAUAUACUUAUGUUUAGAUUGUAAGCAAAAAAUCUUUAUUUGCAUUUUUAAAUUUUGUGACACUAUUUAUCAGUUUUUUUUGGAACGUUAUAUCCGUUACUGUUGUUUUAAUUGCGUCGAUCAAA